UGAGGGUUUGGUACCAGCACCCCGCCCAGAGCGGUGCCGCUGCCCAAAUCCUCGCCAGAAGCUCAUCAAGGCGCUCCCGGCUCCCUGUAGAGGCCCGACCUGCACGCGGUGGUGUCUGUGUGUCUGUCUGCAGGCAGCCUGCGGGUGGCACCUCUCCCUGCCGCGCCCUCCCCUCUCCCCACCGGGAGGCCCACCCAGCAGGAGCGCAGCUCGCCUGCGCGGUCCGGAGCUCAGCAUGUGUCCCGCAGCCUUCAGCAACUUCUUGCUGCUCGUGUCCUCCCUUCUCUUCGCGGGGCUGUCAGCUGUUCCUCAGAGCUUCUCGCCAUCUCUGAGGAGCGGGACUGGUGCCGCGUGCAGGCUGACCCGGGCUGAGUCGGAGCGCCGCUGCCGGGCGCCCGGGCAGCCCCCAGGGGGCGCUCUGUGUCACGGCCGCGGCCGGUGCGACUGCGGGGUCUGCAUUUGCCACGUGACGGAGCCCGGCGUGUACUUCGGGCCCCUGUGUGAGUGCCACGACUGGGUGUGCGAGACCUACGACGGGAGCACCUGCGCAGGCCAUGGUAAGUGUGACUGUGGCAAGUGCAAAUGUCAGGAAGGUUGGUUUGGGAAUGCGUGCCAGUACCCAACUCACUGUGACCUGACGAAGAAAAAGAGUAACCAGAUGUGUAAGAAUUCUCAAGAUGUCAUCUGCUCUAACGCAGGCACAUGUCACUGUGGCAGGUGUAAGUGUGAUAAUCCAGAUGGAAACGGCCUCGUUUAUGGUAAAUUUUGUGAGUGUGAUGAUAGAGAAUGCAUAGAUGAUGAAACAGAAGAAAUAUGUGGAGGCCAUGGAAAGUGUUACUGUGGAAACUGUUACUGCGGGGCUGGUUGGCAUGGAGAUAAAUGUGAACUCCAGUGUGAUAUCAGCCCCUGGGAGAGCAAGCGAAGAUGUACAUCUCCAGAUGGCGAGAUCUGCAGCAACAGAGGGACUUGUGUGUGUGGCGAGUGUUCUUGCUACGACGUUGACCCAACUGGAGACUGGGGAGAUAUUCACGGGGACACCUGUGAGUGUGACGAGAGGGACUGUAGGGCUGUCUAUGACAGAUACUCCGAUGACUUCUGUUCAGGUCACGGGCAGUGUAAUUGUGGAAGAUGUGACUGCAAGGUAGGCUGGUAUGGGAGGAAGUGUGAGCACCCACGUUCCUGCCCACUGUCUGCGGAGGAGAGCAUCAGGAAGUGCCAAGGAAGCUCUGCUCUGCCUUGCUCUGGAAGGGGUAAAUGCGAGUGCGGCAAGUGCACCUGCUACCCUCCGGGGGACCGCAGGGUGUACGGGAAAACGUGCGAGUGUGACGACCGCCGCUGUGAAGGCCUGGACGGCGUCAUCUGUGGGGGUCACGGAACGUGCUCCUGCGGUCGCUGCGUGUGUGAGAGAGGCUGGUUCGGGACGCUCUGCCAGCACCCGCGCAAGUGCAACAUGACGGAGGAGCAAAGCAAGAGCCUGUGUGAAUCAGCAGAUGGCAUAUUGUGCUCGGGGAAGGGUUCUUGCCACUGUGGAAAGUGCAUUUGCUCCGCAGAAGAGUGGUACAUUUCGGGAGAACUCUGUGACUGUGACGACAGGGACUGUGACAAGCACGACGGCCUCAUUUGCACAGGGAAUGGAAUCUGUAACUGCGGGAACUGUGAGUGCUGGGAUGGGUGGAACGGAAAUGCAUGCGAAAUAUGGCUUGGCACGGAGUAUCCUUAACAACUACACGGGAGACGACUGGAGUCUUACUUUUCUAGGCCAUUAGAACAAUGUAAAUGCGAAGGAAACCAUGUAUAAUCACCACUAGGACAGGUCAAACAGACGAUUGUUAUGUUUUUCUAUUUCUGAAUGCCUGCAUGACGUCUGGGUACCUAUUAAAAAAUGAGUUAAGCAAAGUCUGAUGUAAAUAAUGCCAGAAAGAAAUUCUCUUCCAGAAUUUACAUCAGUGGUUCUCAACAAGGGUGACGGUGCCACCUGGAAAACAGUUGGCAACAUCUACAGACAAUUUCAGUUGUCACACUGGGUGGGGUGGGAGGCCGUGGAACAGGCCUUGAGUGGGUAGAGGCCAGAGAGGCUGCUAACCCUCCUCGGGGGUACAGGACGGCCCCCGCAACAAGAAGUUAGCAGACUCCAAGCAUCCAUAGUGCUGGAGCUGAGAAACGUUGAGUUCCAUGGCCGGUAGACAUGCAUAUCCCUCACAAAAAGACCACAUGAGAAUCUCAGGAAAUACCCUCACAUAAAUCCAUCAGUCAUAUUUUUUUCAGGAUUCCCUGUCACUCAGCAUUUCCGUGGGGGGGACAAUAAAGACAAACAAACAUAAGGGACAAUGACUGGG